AUGGAUUGUUGGUACAGCAUUGCUAAAGGAGCUACACAUGAACUCGGGCAUAUGCCUGGACAAGCAGGAGAACAGGAAGCAUUAGCCACUCUACGGCUUAUCCGCGCUUGUAUGAUUACAGAGUGCUCUCCAAUUUGUGGCACCCCAGGUUUAAUGGGGAUGAUGAAAAAGCGUCGAAGAUUUCCAACACCUUUUGUAGUUGAAAAAGAAGGGGCGGCUGUUCCUUUACAAGUGAGAUAA